AGGGAGCGAGCCAGCCUAUACCAACACUGGUUAGGUCUAGGUCGAUUCUCUUGGCAUCGAAGGCCUUCGCCAGCUUCCUGCGGCGUUUCGUUCAUCACUACAUCCGCCUUCCUCAGUUGCACUCACUCGCCCGAGAACACCCAUCACAAACACUCGAACUUCUAACCUCCUUUCAACACAAAACACCAAUCUUCAACAUGCCUCGUUCCCGUGGUGGUGCAGGUCCCUCGCGGUCCGCUCCGUCAAGACCUACAGCGCCUGCUCCCGCACCUCGGUCGGUAGCGCCACACCAACAACAAAGACCUAUGUCCACUGCCCCGACCGCUCAAAGUCAGCAGGCUCACCCCCCUGCUCAGACAUCGCAAGGUCCGGGUUUGUUCGGUCAAAUGGCUAGCACGGCAGCUGGCGUCGCGGUCGGAUCCUCAAUCGGCCAUGCGAUCGGUGGCUUCUUCGGUGGUGGCUCGUCUGCUCCUGUCGAGCAACAGCAGCAGGCCACUGAUGCCUACGCCAACACCGGUAACGCAAUGGACAAUGCGUUGUACAGCCAGAGCUCGGCUACCGAGGCUUCUGGCCCUUGCGCAUCCGAUAUCAAGAGUUUCACCGACUGCAUGAACCAGAACCAAGGAAAUAUGUCCAUCUGCGGCUGGUACAUGGAACAGCUCAAGGCUUGUCAACAAGCUGCCCGUCAAUACUAAGCCACCGCGGCUCACUCGUUCAGAAAGGUGGACUCUGCCAGCAUGGACGACUUAGAGAAUUUGUAAUCAGAAAGAAAAGCAUGGCUUCUGGCCGACUGCUUCUUCAAAUGUGCAUUUGCAUUGCGUGGAAUACUGUAUAGGGUGGAUAGCAAGCCAGUCGCCAGAAAAUUUGCUACAGUCAAAACAGAGAGCAUACCCCCCGAAGGAUAUAGACAGCCGUUAGCGGACUGCAAUCAAUUAUAUCUCUCCUCUCA